UUUUUUUCUUAUCAACCUUCCUACCUCAAAGCCACACCCCUCCGCCGUCGCCGCUGCAGUAGCAACUGAGUAAAGGGUUUAGAGGGGACAUGGCGCCGAAAAGGAAGACCCCCGUAAAGAGCCGAAACCCUGAUCUGAUUCGUGGCGUAGGAAAGUAUUCUCGGUCUAAAAUGUACCACAAGCGUGGCCUUUGGGCCAUCAAGGCCAAAAACGGCGGUGUCCUCCCCCGCCAUGAACCCAAGCCUAAGGCCCCCGCUGCCGCCGAGAAGCUAUCCAAGUUUUACCCCGCUGAUGAUGUUAAGAAGCCCCUUGUUAAUAAGCGCAAGCCUAAACCCACCAAGCUCAGAGCGAGCAUUACUCCUGGGACGGUGUUGAUUUUGUUGGCUGGAAGGUUUAUGGGGAAGAGAGUUGUUUUCUUGAAGCAACUUACUUCUGGGCUUCUUUUGCGCCGGCUGGGCUUAUUUUCUCAUGUUUUUAUUUCAUGGUUGUAAUUUUGUUUGUUUAAA